CUUUUCGGUUCGUGAUUAUUCCUAAGUGUUGGGUGGUUGCUUUGCAACUGCUGGAUUGCAUGACAACAUCGUUCAGCUCUCGUCCAUGACUUUUAACGUAUAACGAACUUCAUCUAAAAAACAAAGUCAAACCCGACCAUAAACAUGGACCAUAGUAAUGGCACCAAAUACCUAACUCUCUUGAACACCUCCAGCUCGCCAACAGCAGCGAGUUCUCUCCCUUCCCCGCCCUAUUCACCCCCUGCAGGUUGCACCACACCACUAUCCAGUGCCCAUUCACGAGGCGUGUCUCCCAACGAUGCGACAAAAGCCCUCAAAGCUACCCGCCGGCAAUCUUCCAUCUCCUACGUAUCUUCCCGCGUCGAUGUGUUCUCGCGACACCAGACAUCCACGUCUUCAACCGUAACUGAUGCCUCGAUAAGAACGGGAGGUUUAUUCGAAGGACACAAAAGGACUUCACGCUUGAUGAAGAGGCAUACUAUGGUAGGCCUCGAGGAGUUGCGCGGAUUAAACGCAGUCGGGGAAGCUCGGGCGCGUGUCUCCGUCGGGAGUGCCAGUGCCAGUGAGGGUGUAGAGAGAGCUGCACUGACAUUAGCUGAAAAGCACGCCGACCUCCUACACGCAAUUGCAGCCGCCGAGAGUAGACGCCUCGAGUUGACUGGUCAACUGGCUGCUGUUGAAGGGGAUCUUGGAGAACUAAAACGAAAAUGGGAGCGCAUCGUCAACCGCGAACCACCCCACCCCACUGUUCCUCUAUCAACACCCACCACUUCUGUCGUAGAUGGCCUCAAAGAAGGCGUAAGAUUACUCGCAGCGGGUCUGAGCGACCUAAGCGAACUCUCUUCUCCAAUUCCCUCACUGGCUCCUCCAAUAAACACUGAAGAAACAGCGGGGAUUCCGAAGUGUCACGCACAGCGUGUGAGCGACUCGUCUACAUCAACGUCAACACGUUCAGGGGUGACGCGACUCUCGAGGAGUUCCGUGUCAUCUAUCUGGGACGAAGACAUUUCACUUUCUUCUGGUACCGGCGUGGAAAAAAGCGAACGACAUGUCACGAAUCAAGCACGAGAAAAGGAAGCGUCAAGAGCAAGACAAGAAAAAGUCUUCCGUCGGAGAUCACGCGAUCUUUCGCAUCCACCGACUGCAUUUACGAGGCAUGUCAAUUCUUAUAAUAGUACAAGUACUAGUGUGGACCUCGGACGAGGCAGCGUGGAGCCGGACUCGACUAUGGAGGUCGUUCGGGGUACAUUAAAUCCGAGCUUGGAUGCGUCCGUUACAACGGUAGCUUCAGAUUUUGAUCCAGACGGUGUAGGGCCUUUAGGGACACCGAGUGCACAUACGCUCCAUAACAAACGCUCCCCCCUAGUAUCGCAUUCAUCAAUACCUGGCGCUGGAUCGCUCGCUGUCGCUAGUGGAUGGGGGAACGUUGGUCGCAAGCUCGGAGGUGAUGUAUUAUCCAAAGGCCACAAGCGAGCCUCCAUCCUCCUCGCGGACGUCUCGCAAUCCAUUGUAUCGGCAUUGACCCCAGGCCCAGUAGCAACCUCCCCCGCACCUGUUCCUACAUCAAUACAACUUUUCCCAUUCCCCUCAUCCCUCCGCACACCCUCAAGCAGUACUACCUCCCUACACAGAACCUUACCCAGCGCUUCCGUUUCCGUUCCUUCCUCUUCCUCACGCACAUCAUCAUCAGACACGAGCUCUCUACUCACGCACUCUACGUACCCGCAUACACGCACCAAGACUCAUGCUCCUGUCCAACGCACGAACAGUUGGCUGGAAGAUGUGGAAGAUGAUGAUACGGUGAAUGCCGGGAAAGUUAUGAUGCCGUCUGUACUUGCACCCACCUCAGCCUCUGCGUCAGUACGCAAAACGCCCAAUACACGCGCAUCCAUCAAAGGAGGAACGGUAACGACUCUCGAUGAUGACGAUGACUGGAAUUGGUAGCAGCUACCGUCGUCCGCUUUUGACGUUCUCUGGCUGGUGUUGGGAGAUGAAGAAUAGGCUCCUACUCUGAUUGUAGUGUGCGAGGCGUAUGUGGUAUUGUAUGUUGAUAUUAUGGUUGUCUGCACCUCCUUCAUUCGUGCAGGCGGAUACGACAACAAGCUCUGAUGACGAGUUGAUAACUUGAUAGCAUUAGAUGAUGUGUGCAGACGGGAGGAGCAUUGUGAGUAUGUUUAUAGAUAUUCAUUGUAUUUUAUUUGUUCUGUGCGGUAUUACUUGUGCACUUCGAUGUGUUGUAACCCAUAUCGCAUGUACAAUUGAUGAGUUUGCUGGGUUA